AUGCGAGCAAAUUUUAUUUCCAUUGAACAAGAGAAUAAACUAAAAGAAGCCUUUGCUCUAUUCGAUCGGCUUGGUGGUGGUGUAAUUAGUAUACAAGAUCUUGCCUUUGUUAUGCGUUCUAUUGGUUAUCACACGACACCAUCUGAAUUAGAAUGCAUGAUUCGAGAAGUUGAUCAAGAUGGUAAUGGUCUUAUUGAUUUUGAUGAAUUUAAACAAAUGAUGAAUCGCAAAGGUGAUAGUCGAUUAGAAAUGUUUAAUGAUGAACUUCUCAACGAAGCAUUUCGUAUAUUUGAUAAAGAUGGAAAUGGCUUUAUUAGUGAAGUGGAAAUUCGUUCUGUGAUGAAUAAUCUAGGCGAGAAAUUAACUGACGAUGAACUUAAUGAUAUGAUAAGAGAAGCUGAUUUAGAUGGAAAUCGUCAAGUUGAUUAUGCUGAGUUUUCUGCACUUGUUCGACGUCUUCUACAAAUACAAAAUCUUUCAACAACUUCAACGACAAUCAAUGGAACUGGAGCAUAUGAAGGACGAGGAAUCAUUCCAUAUAUUGAUGAAGAUCUGGAAGAAGAGUUUACUGAUCAUCUUAGUGACAAUAAUGGAAAAUGA